UCUGUAUUUGUUAAAUCAUACGCACUACUAUUUCUCCACUGCCCCAUCUCCGCUUCAGUUUCAGACCUCCAUAUUCAGUGUGCUUCGAUCGUUAUUUCCUAAACCGUUGGUAGAGAAGAUUGCAGACACCUGCAGACGUAUAUAAGUCUUGAUCAGUUGUCAUGAGUGUCCCAGACUUGAAUUUUUGUGUGGGUGAAGAGACUCCUAUUGUUAAUGAAGAGUACAGGGGUUCAAAUAAUCAGCUUCUGGAAGAAGGAAAUAUUGAAAUAGAACCUGAAAUCGGGAUGGAGUUUGAGAGUGCAGAAAACGCUUACAAUUUUUACAACUCAUAUGCAAGGAAGAUUGGUUUUAGUGUGCGUAUUUUCCGAACUAACAAAAACAGAGUUGAUAGUACACUAAUUCAACGUCAAGUUUUAGUGUGCUCAUGUGAGGGAUUUUACAAGAAAAUCAAGACACCUCAGAAGAAACGAGACGAGACACGUUGUGAUUGCAAAGCAUCCUUUACAUUUAAACGUCUUCCAAAUGAGAAGUAUCAAGUGAUUGGUUUUGAAUCAGUACAUUCUCACGACCUUGCGCCAUUUGAACAUUCUGGUUACUUGAGGUCUCAAUGGAAAAUUGAAUUUACGCAAGCUGAAAUGAUGACCACAAUGCAUGCAUCCGGCUUGAAGCAAGGACAGAUUUUCUCAUAUAUGUGUGAAGAAGCCGGUGGAACUCAGAACCUUAAUUUUACAAGAUCAGAUUGCAAUAACUUCCUUCAAAGAAAGCGAUCUGAGUUUUUCAAGAAAGGUGAUGCAGAAUGUCUUCUAGAAUACUUCAAGCAGAAGAAAAAUGAGAACAAGAAUUUCUUCUAUUCAUUUAGGUCACAUGAAGAUGGUGAAAUAUGUGGAGUAUAUUUUUGUGAUGCAAAAUCUAGACGGGAUUAUGGGUUGUUCGGUGAUGCUAUAUGUUUUGAUACGACUUUUCGGACAAAUAAGUAUGACAUGUUGUGCGCACCAAUUGUAGGCAUAAACCAUCAUGGACAAACAUCAUUGUUUGGUUGUGGCCUACUAGAUGGUGAAACAUAUGAUGCAAUUACUUGGUUGUUCAUUACCUUUUUCGAGGCAAUGGGAGGAAAGAAACCAAAGAGCAUAUUCACUGAUCAGUCCGCUGCUAUAUCUGCGGUAGUUGAUGAGCUAUUACCUCAAUCCCAUCAUGGGUUGUGUUUGUAGCAUUUAUGUCAAAAUGCGGCAAAAAAUUUGAGUUGUAACGGAUACAAAACAUUUUCACAACAAUUCAAAUCAUGCUAAAUGGGAGUAAAAACGUUUUGAAAU